AUGUCUACGACUAACUACACGGGAUCAUCAAUUACAGAAUUCAUCAUUAUUGGUUUCCCUGGGCUUCAAGACCAGGGGAGCAAAACCAUCCUGUUUUUUGUAUUCCUGGUAGUCUACCUCAUAAUUGUAUUGGGAAACUUGUUGAUCAUACUCAUAUUUGUCUUUGACAAAUCCCUUCACACUCCCAUGUACGUACUGAUAUGCAAUCUUGCAUUUUUAGAUAUUUCCAUUCCCUCUAUCACUCUUCCUAAAAUGUUAGCUAGGUUCAUGUUUGACUCAAGCAUAAUUUCAUUUGAGGCUUGUUUUGCUCAAAUGUUCCUUUUCAUGAGUUUGGGUAUAGCUGAAGGUUUUCUUCUUACAGUUAUGGCUUAUGACAGAUAUUUAGCUAUCUGUAACCCACUGCACUACCCUAGCAAAAUGACAAACAGCCUGGCCAUUAAACAUGUCCUCACCACUACACAUGUUUUGUGGUGCUGGGUUGGGGGAUUUCUUGCAAAGACAAUUCCUACGAUUCUUGCUGUGAGGCUCCCCUUCUGUGGGCCUGACAAAAUUCUCCACUGCUGGUGUGAUCAUUUCUCCAUUCUUAGGUUAGCCUGUGCUAACAUUGUCAUCAACAGCAUUCUGGGAUUGACCAUAGCAUUGAGUGUUCUUUUCAUCCCUCUGUUCCUGAUAUUGCUGUCCUCAGCGUGUAUUUACAUUUCCUACAGGGUUCCUGGGACAGCAGUAGAUUUGCGCAUCAUGGCAGCAGUGUUUCAAAAUGUUAUACCUCCCCUUGUGAAUCCAAUUAUCUACUGUCUGAGAAUGAAAGAAAUCCGGACCAGUUUGGUUAAAAAUUGA